GCCAUGACGGCCGCCCACCCGCGCACCUCGACCUCGUCGUCCAACUCGUCCGUGUACUCGGUCGUCGACCACGACAAGGAGUGGCUCCCGUCGCUCGUCGCCAAGUACGGCGCCUCGGCGUCGACCGCCUGGCUCGAGAACCGCUACGCCGUGUGGCGCUCGCCGUCGCACAUGCAGAGCAACCCGCGCGUGCAGGGCUACCUCGCGCGCGGCAAGUUCUACUUCGCGUGGGGCCCGCCCAUCUGCCGCGCCGACCCGGACGUUCGCCGCAGCGUCGCGCACGAGUUCAUCGAGUGGGCCAAGAAGGAGAAGCACCGCCGCGUCGUGUGGUGCAUCAUCGACACCGAGUUUGCCGACAUGCUCGGCAAGGACUUUGAGUGGAGCGUCCUCAGCUGCGUCCGCGAGGACGUCCUCCACCCCGACAUCAAGAAGCUCGAGCACAAGGAGGUGCGCCACAACAUCCGCCGAGCCGAGCGGGCCCACGUCAAGUACGACGAGAUCCGCCUCAAGGCGCCCCAGUUCCACCCGCCCGACGACCUGCGCGAGGAGAUCGACGCCGGCCUCAAGCGGUGGCAGGAGCACCGGCACGGGACCCAGAUCGCGGCGGCGGGCCUCUUGCCGUGGCUCGACGCACAACACCGUCGCUACUUCCUCGCACGAGACGAGCACAAGAAGGUCGUCGCGAUCUGCGUCCUCGCCUCGAUCGCGCACGACUCGUAUCAGAUCAAGCAUGCCGUCACCUUUCCCGAAGCACCCGGCGGCACCUCGGAGGGCCUCCUCGGCCACGUCAUCCGCGAGAUGCAGUUCGAGGGCCGCAACGGCCUGACGUUCGGCGCGUCGGCGGCCGAGGAGGUCGAGCCCGAGUACAACCUCGGCGGGUGGAAGAUCCGCAUGCUCGGCAAGGCGUACAAGAAGAUCGUCGCGCGGUACGGCCUCGCGAACCGAGGCCAGUUCCGCGCAAAGUUCGGCACCGAGGACGAGCCGCUCCACGUCGCGUACCCCAAGGGCGGGUUCGGCUUUGCCGGCCUCGUCGCCCUCAUGAAGAUGAUGAAGGUCUAGCGCGUCGCUCGCCAUCACCCGCGUCCUCUUCGUUGUCUCGACCUGGUCCGCCGCAUCAAGGAGCGCCGUCGACGUGGACCGUCCUCCCCCCCUCUCUCGAUACCCCUUUCCUGCCCCUGUCCCCUCCUAGUACUCGGUCUGCGCCUCUCUCCCCCCUCUCAGUACAUAGACGGACUCGCUCCUUAGUUACCCCUACACUCGUGCGCGCUCGUGUCGCUCUUCCUCUCUGUACCCCCUCUCCCUCUCUCGCAUGCUCCUUUCCGUACGUCCCUGUACAUGACCCUUUCGAGUAGCUCGCGACGCUCAAGCCGUUUACCCAUCC